GUAAAGAUUAGGCCCAUCAACAACAACACAGCCACAAAGCAUUUUAGCGGGAAGAUGUUAGUCCCUUUCAUCAUUUCCCGCCACUGAAGAGUUCGCGCUCAUUAGGAACAGCGAGAAGAAUUCAGAAACCAAAAAUCCCAAACUUCACAAACCGAAGGGAAGUUAGGGUUCAGAAAUCAGAAUCAGUUCUCAGAAGCUUCACUCGAUUAAGCGAAAAUGGAAGCAUUCGGCGGGUACUUGGUCGAUGAGAAAGCCGUUAGGGUUGAAAACGCUUUCUUAGAUUUUCUCAAAAGUUUCAGAUCUGGACAACGAAAUGAACUGUAUUACGAAGCGGAGAUUGAAGUGAUGAGAGCUAACGAGUCAAACACGAUGUUCAUUGAUUUUGAUCACGUUAUCAGAUUCAGUGAUCUUCUUCAGAAAGCUAUCUCCGAUGAAUAUUUGAGGUUUGAACCUUACUUGCAGAAUGCCUGCAAGAGGUUUGUUAUGGAGCUUAAGCCAACUUUCAUUUCUGAUGAUAACCCUAACAAGGACAUCAAUGUCGCAUUCUAUAAUAUUCCAAUUGUCAAGAGGUUAAGGGAAUUGGCUACAUCAGAGAUUGGAAGGCUUGUAUCUGUUACAGGAGUGGUAACAAGAACUAGUGAGGUUCGACCGGAGCUUCUUCAAGGGACUUUCAAGUGCCUAGAAUGUGGUGGGGUUAUAAAGAAUGUUGAACAGCAAUUCAAGUAUACUGAGCCAACAAUCUGCCCUAAUGCUACAUGUAACAACAGAGCAAAGUGGGCACUGCUUCGCCAAGAGAGCAAAUUUACUGAUUGGCAAAGGGUGAGAAUGCAGGAGACUUCCAAUGAGAUACCUGCAGGCUCUCUGCCUAGGUCAUUGGAUGUUAUUCUUCGUCAUGAGAUUGUGGAACAUGCUAGGGCUGGUGACACGGUUAUUUUUACUGGCACUGUAAUUGUGAUACCUGAUAUAUUGGCAUUGGCAUCCCCUGGUGAGAGAUCAGAAUGUCGUAGGGAAGCUUCUCAACGCAAGGGUUCUUCAUCUGGAAAUGAAGGUGUGAGGGGCCUUAGGGCUUUAGGGGUCAGAGACCUCUCCUAUCGUCUAGCUUUUAUUGCCAACUCUGUUCAGAUUUGUGAUGGUAGAAGAGAAAUAGACAUCAGGAAUAGAAAGAAGGAUUCAGAUGAAGAUGAUCAGCAAUUUACUGAACAGGAACUGGAUGAAGUUCAACGAAUGAGGAACACUCCAGAUUUCUUCACCAAACUUGUUGAGAGUGUUGCUCCAACUAUUUUUGGUCAUCAAGAUAUAAAGCGAGCAAUCCUUCUUAUGCUUAUGAGUGGGGUCCACAAAUCUACUCAUGAAGGCAUCAGCCUUAGAGGAGACAUAAAUGUUUGUAUUGUUGGAGAUCCUAGCUGUGCAAAGUCUCAAUUCCUUAAAUAUACUUCAAGCAUUGUUCCAAGAUCUGUGUAUACAUCUGGGAAAUCAUCAUCUGCUGCUGGAUUGACUGCAACUGUUGCCAAGGAACCAGAAACUGGGGAGUUUUGUAUAGAGGCCGGCGCUUUGAUGCUUGCUGACAAUGGCAUUUGCUGCAUUGAUGAAUUUGACAAGAUGGAUAUAAGAGAUCAGGUUGCAAUUCAUGAGGCUAUGGAACAACAAACUAUUAGUAUCACAAAAGCAGGAAUACAAGCAACACUCAAUGCUCGUACUUCCAUUCUUGCUGCUGCCAACCCUGCUGGAGGACGGUACGAUAGGUCUAAACCACUGAAGUACAAUGUGGCUCUUCCACCGGCUAUACUUUCAAGGUUCGAUCUUGUAUACAUUAUGAUUGAUGACCCAGACGAUGUUACAGAUUACCACAUAGCUUCUCAUAUUGUGCGAGUUCAUCAAAAGCGCGAAGAAGCUCUUGCUCCAACGUUCACUACAGCAGAACUGAAGCGUUAUAUAGGCUAUGCAAAAACUCUUAAACCAAAGCUAACGUCAGAUGCAAGAAAACUACUGGUAGACUCUUACGUUUCUCUCCGUAGGGCUGAUACAAAUCCUGGCAGUAGGGUUGCAUAUCGUAUGACAGUCAGGCAGUUGGAGGCUUUAAUCAGGCUGUCAGAGGCCAUUGCACGGUGUCAUUUGGAUAAUCAGGUACAACCCCGUCAUGUUCGUUUAGCAGUAAAACUGCUGCAAACAUCUAUAAUAAGAGUGGAGUCCAGUGAGAUUGAUCUAUCCGAGUUUCAAGAUCAAGAUAUGGACGAAGAAGCAGGUAGUGGUGAAGGAAAUGAUAAUAAUGAUGCUGAUGAUGGUCAAGUGGGAAGCUCUACCGCUCAGCAAGCCGCUGGAACUAAUGAAAAACCAGCGGAUGGGUCUAUCCCCCAAAGAAAGAAAUCUACUGUAACUGAUGAAUACUUUCAGAGGAUUACCAAGGCCCUUGUCAUGCGUCUUAGACAGCAUGAGGAGACUGUAAUGCAAAAAGAGCGCGAGAAGACUGCAAAGCAAAAAGAGGACGAGGAGACAGGAGAUGUCUUGGCUGGGAUGAAGCAACGAGAAUUGAUUAAAUGGUAUGUAGACCAGCAAAAUGCGAAAAAUAAUUACAGUUCUGUGGAGGAGGCAAAAGUUGAAAUUUCCCAAAUUAAAGCAAUUAUAGAGAUUUUAAUUCGAAGAGAGGGGUGUCUGAUAGUGAUAGACGAUGGCAGACAAGCAGCAACAGAAGCUGCUGGUGCAGAACAAUCCGAGUCUGCGGCUAGGAAUGAUAGAGUUUUGGCUGUUGCUCCUAAUUAUUUUGUUGAAUGAUAGCCUUGUAAUGAUGAAAGAAAUUGGAAAUCACUUUAUUCUGUAGUCCGAAUAUUCCAGUGACUUGAUGAUUCCCUUUGUCUUGAGCUGCAAGCUGGUUACUUUAGCCUGUAUUAGUAAUGCUGGAGAACUGCUGUGCCGCUUAGAUAAUGCAUCUGUAUCUAUAGUUUAUCACCAAAGAGUGAAGCAGCAGUCUCGGUAUAUUUAAGCCAUUACUUUGUUGGUUCUCACCAUUUCCGUUUAUUACUGAAAAGAAAUGAUAUUUGUAAUAUUAUUGUCUUGAUUUUAAGGGAGGACUCAUUUGAGAGUUGAAUGUCA